UCAGCAGUUCUUUCGUUUGGCAAGGAACUUUUAAUUCACGAUGUGGAAGCUAAUAUCGUUAUCUUGGCUGUUGGUGCUGCCGAUUGUGAGACCAGAUCUCACAAUCCCUGUCACCGUUCCUGGAAUAUCUAGUGGAAGUUUGGACAUUAACGGCAACGUCGUACUGAAUGUGAACCGCAUCCAAGAUAUCUUGAAUCAGUUUCAAUCGAUCGUCCAAAGUUUGUACAACAUUCAGUCUCCAGAGCUCGGUAGUGCUGCAGAAAAUUUUCGUUACGUGAUGGAUAGCUUGGUCGAAGCUGGAGCUCCUAUCUUUCAGUCGUUAUCAAACGUCGCUAAGAUAUCAUCCGGAAACAUAACGCGAGAUUUUGGAGGAAUUCGGGAAAGCAUCAACUAUGCCGUUGGGUUGAAUCAAGAUCACAUGAGCUUAGUCAACAAGACGACACAAAUUGUGGGAGUCAACACUUCCCUCUACUUUAAUGGAGUAUUAAAUAGCUUGGCUUCCAAUCUAGGAAAUAUGUCGGAAAUAUUAAACAAAAUUGAAAGUGCAGUUAAUGGAAUCAAAAGAGAGAAUCGGCCUUCUCAAGCAGCAAUCAGAGCACUUUUACCGAAUGACAACAUCAAAGCAUUGAACGCAGUUCUUCGGCAAUAUAUUUUGACUGGGGAUGCUGCAAUCCCACAAAUACGAUCUAUCGUGAGCAGAGUUCAGUCGGUAGACAAUUUCCGAAACCGAAUUUCUGUUUCAAUCAAUCAACAACGCCAAUAUCUGAACAACACUUUGGCUCGUAUAGUUCCUUAUUUGCAGUCGAAUGUGAUCAGCCGUUUCCGUAAUAGUCUAGCGAGUCUACAGUCGCAGGUGAUUAGUAGAAGCUCUAGAGCGGCAACGGCUCUUUCCAACUUGAUCGUAUUGCUACCGGAUGUUUUGAAGGCAACCGUCAACCAAACUGUACCUGUGAUUCAGGCGCUGGCUCGAAACGUAUCCAACGAUGCAAACAUUCUGCUGCAGCAAAUAUCGCGGCUGUCAGUGAAUGAAGCUUUGCCUUAUGUCGUGUUGAAUGAGACUGAAUAUUUCUUGAACGAGGCGAGUCGAAAUUUGACUGUAUCGAUGACGCAACGAGCUCGUUUUGCGGAUGCAUGCUUCGCCCGGUUUAAUAGUUACUUUGACCAAAUACCCCGAACUGUAUACAGUCAGUUGUCUACUUGUGUUUGGGACACUGCUUCGGAUCUUUCAAGUGUAGCAGUUAAUAUGAAUUAUUUGAUCCAAUCAGCCCUCAUUGAUUUGAACAACGAACUACAGGCAGUGGAACGCUGCGCCGGUAUGGUUUCACGGUACUCCUCGGAAAUGACAAAAUAUCAGGCCGCCACUUGUUUGAACGACGCACGAUCUUACCUGCAGAAGCGAGAAGUUUACGCUCAGCAGAUGGCUAAUUAUCAGGUGUUGCUUAAAAAUGAAAUUUCGUACAGUGCCCAGCGUUACAACUUCUGCAUGGUGACAACGUUCAGGCAGGCGAUGGGCCUGGGUGCCUAUCUGAAACGAUCGGUGGACAAGUGUUUGAAUGGUGGUCCGACAGUAACGCCAUUUUGGUCGAUAAGUGUCGGUUGGAGAGGUAAAAGUGGAAGAAGAAUCCGUGGAAAAGUAAGUUGGGGAUGAUGAGGCGGAAUAGGAUUCAUCACAAGAGUAUAACUGACCACACGAAUAGCAAAAGCAUUCAAAAUUGUAAACUAAAAUUUCAUUACUAUAUGUAAUAUAAUUCCUGGAGUAAUAAAUGUAAUCAGACAGCAUCACA